UCCUGACUCUGUGAUUUCUUAACCAGCUGAUACGCCGCGCAGUGCCACAUUUCUGCAUCAACGGAUAACAUAACACAAUACAUAGGUUUUGACAAUGGCACGGAAUUUAGAAGUUCUAGCACUGUGUUGUAUUUUCGUUGCUACAGCGAAAUCCACUGAAUCACCACAUUGGACGUAUGGAGAAACGGAUGGUCCUUCCCGCUGGAAAAAUUCCUUCCCAAUUUGUGGUCAGACCCACCAGUCUCCUAUCAACCUUCCCGCUGGUCAGGACAUGACCUAUGACCCCAACCUGAAACCAUUUACGCUGUCCGGUUUUCUUAAUCCUCAGGAUUACAAGUUAAAGAUCACCAAUAACGGUCACACAGUAAAAGUGGACGUGGAGGAGGGUGAUCUGACAGUGGAGAAUGGCGGGCUACCGGGGAGGUACAAGACGGCUCAGUUCCACUUCCACUGGGGGCGCGAUAACACUCAAGGGUCAGAGCACCUGUCCAGCGGCAAACAUUACCCAAUGGAGCUCCAUGUAGUAAAUUACAACGAGAAGUACAGGAACUUAUCUAACGCUGUGUCGCAGGAAAGAGAUGGCCUGGCCGUGCUUGGUUUUUUCUUUGUGGUGACUGGAAAUACUGAUAACAGUGGAUUGACUACUUUGCUGAAUAAAUUCAAUGACGUGAAAUUAAACGGAUCCAUGUCCGAACUAACAGGUUUUAGUAUGGAUUCCAUGCUUCCGUUUUCCAAAGGAAAUGCUGACCGAUUCUACAGAUAUUCCGGAAGUCUGACAACACCCCCAUGCUAUGAGAGCGUUGUGUGGACAAUUUUUGAGAAAACAAUUCCAAUAUCUAACGCACAGCUUGAAAUGUUCCGAAAGCUCCAGGAGGACACUACCCCAAACAGUAACCACGUGAUUAUAGACAACUUCCGACCAGUACAGGCUUUGAAUGGUCGCUCAGUUACGAGAAGCUUUGAACUCAGUUCCGCUUCCGGGUUCCAGAUUUCCGGUCUGGCCUUGUCACUUACACUAUUAUGUUUACUUUAGUUUAGAGUACCGGUAUGUUAGUUAAUGAAUUGUAAUUUUUCAGCAAUGUUACUGUGAAAAACUUAUAAGACUUUUAUACAUAUAUUGGGUAUCUUACGCUCUACAUAAUAAGAGUACAUAUAUGUUUGAACUUUUCAUUUUGAAUCACAAUUUUUUUUUCACUUUUAUACACUUGUUAAAAUAUAUGAACACGUAUGACUGAAAUCAAUACCUUUAAGUGUAAAUGGAACUUUCAUAAUUUGCGUUAACGAAUUUGUAUGCGAAUGUAGAAAGUAGAACUCUACUUUUAAAAACUUUUGAAUUUGAACUAGUAUUGUCCAGCUUUGUUAAUGUGAUAGUGAGUUAUUUCUUAGAUUUAUUUUUUUCCACAGUGCAUGUAUCUGUUCGAUUUGCCCUAAACUAUACGUUUAUGAUUAGGUAGUAUUUUUUGCAUGUGUGAUUGUUAAAUGUGAAUUUAAAACAAAAAAUUACCUGUGUCCGUUAGUGUGUUAAUGUCUGUUCGAGACGAUGACAUGUGUACAUGUUUGUCAUUUAUCAAGCACUGCAUCCUCCUCACGCAGGCAUAGUUUACUGGACUUAUCACUUUAAUAAUCUGUGUUUUAGAUUGUUUGGGGGUCUUUUGUUUUUAAUUCUAUUUCCAUUUUCACUCUUGACCAAGUAAAGAAUUAUGGGGGGGGGGGGUAUGCAUGCUAAUUUUUUCUUGUAUUAUUGUGAAUAACUUGAUAAAAUCUAGUUCAUGUAGUAAAAAAAAAUUAAAUAAAAUAUUUCGAGUGUUUUA